GGACUCAAGCGCCAAAGUUCACAAUGGAUUUACAAGAAUGUUGCACUCUCCCCAUCUAGUGGCUUUGUGUAACAACGUCAGGUUGCAACACACUUACCCUGGAAGUUGCACCUUGCAAGUUCAAGUUUGACCACUUCCUCAUCACAAGUCCACCGUAUUUAACUGAAAAUAUUCGCUUAAUUGUUUUAUAUAUAUAGCAGUAAUUAUUAAUGAGCCUUUUCACUGAAGCAAAACACAAACCCACAAAACUACAUCCUCACCAUAUGCAUGGAAGACAUUUGUUCCAAAUAAAACUGCUCAUACUCUGCUGUACUAAAUAUAACUGACUAUAACAGCAUAGUGACAUAUCAGCCUUUUAAGGGAAGCAUUUAAUUAGAAGAUUAGCAGUAAAGUCAGAGAUGCUCAUAUCUUAUGAGUCUGACAGUGACAUGAAAUUUCUUGUUUUGAUGUUGAUCCAUCUUCAUAGUAUGGUUUAGGAUUUGUACACAGGGUAUAGGCAUUCAUGAAACUGCAUUAGGUGAUAUAAAUAUGUUAGAAAUAAUUGUUUCAGAAAAUGUUUGCUUAAACUCUAAACUGUGCUGUUUUGAGAUGUUGUGAGUUGUGAGUAGCUCAGAGAGAAGUGAAAACUGGCCUGAGGUUUAUUUUUUAAAUUACAGAGGCUUACAGAACCAAAGACAUUGCCUUUUAUCUUUGUCCUCCUGCAACCUGUCCCUGUCUCCUUUUUUUCUGUGCAGGGCAUACAAGAAAUUUAAUAGUUAAUAGUAAAACUGGUGUAAUCUGUUAUCCUAAUUAUCCCAACAAUGUCAUUAAGAGGUGUCAUUUGUGAAGCGGGUAAUAAAACUUGGAUUUGUGUCAAAGCCCCUCAGAACCACCCUCAGAAGCAACUUUCAUUAGACUCCUAUGACCAAAUAAAUGAGUAAUAAAACACAGCAAGAUGUGAUUAGCUUACACACAAGCAUGGUUUAAUUGUGGCCACUUUUCUGCCCAAACUUCCUUCUUUAUUUAGCUUAUUCACCACAGCAGUGCAACCGGAAACACACCCAACAAUGUUCACAUCUUUGCUAAGAGCUAAUACAAAGCAACAAAGCAUAACAAAGCAGUACAACCUCUUCCAGGUCCAUCUCACAAUGCAGCCGCUGAUCUUGACUGGUCUCAGUGUCAUAUUACUUCUGCCCUCAUAUUCCAUUGCUAAACCAUGGGAAGUACACGUUGAAAAAAAUAUUUCAACAAGAAGGGGAUCACCUGUAACCAUAGACUGCAAGUUUGAGUAUCCACCUGAGCAGAAAACCAACAAUGUUACAAUUUACUGGAAAACAGAAGGUUCCAGUAGCUGCAGUACGACGAGCAAUGACAACAAUGCAUUCAUAUUUCACCCAGAUGAGACUUGUGUGAUUUCACAAUACAAAGGAAAAACAAAGCUCAUUGGAGACAAAACCAAAGGAAACUGCUCCCUUCAGAUCCAGAAAUUAAUGGAUACUUCUCUGAAAAUAUACCUACGUGUAGUUGGAUUCAAUGACUGCUUCAGUUUCAGAGAGGACCCAAUAUACAUUUCUGAGAAUGGUGUUGAUCCAGUCACAGAUAAACCAGAUUUACAAGCCAUCAUGACCACAUUAGAACCCAUGUCAUCACCAACCACCAAUGGAACUUUCAGUCUGUAUCUGGUCAUCUUUAUUCCACUUGCUGCUCUUCUCAUCAUUGCUCUUACUGGAGUCACAGUGUAUGCAAAACAUAAGAGGUCACAGACUUUCACCCGGGAGGAAUCUGGAUAUUAUAUGAACUUUAGCAGAGCAUCAUCAAACCUACCCAAAAGUGAAACUUGUAAUACAUUAGAUGUGCAACAUCCUGAACCAAAAAUCAUUGAUGAACCUGUCUAUAUUAAUGCUCAGGAGUCGACAACUCCAACGAGCCAAAGCAUGGAUCACACAGACAAUGUUUACGCAAAUGUGGAUUAUUUAAAAUAGGAGAUAAACUGGCUCUAAAAUGUGUACUCAGACUUUUUUCUGAAAAUCCAUCUAUAUUCUGCCUUUUUUUUUUUUUUCCCUCCAAUCCGUGUGUCUUUAGACGGGCACAUAUGCCUUGUUUUGGUGUGAAGGAUAAAUGUCAAUAGAAAAAGCAAAGGUAACAUGGAUCCCAAAAAGACUUUACAGUAUUACAAAACAAAUUGCAACAGGCAUUCUUGUUGCAUACAUUUACAGAAGCCACUGAAGAAUAGAUGAAAGAAGUUAUUAUUUUCGCUUAGUCAUGCCAAAUAUCACUUCAGAUAGCUUUGCAAAGAAUAUAAGUACAUAUUAAGGAAUAAAAACUAAUGUCUGAUAGCACAUGUUUGAUUUGAUAAUCUGCCUGGUUUUUAUUAUGUUUAUCAAACUGAUACUGUAUAUAAACCUGCUUGCCUGGCUGUCUUAGUUCUAUGUUGCACCACUGUGAAACACAGGAAAUCUACAAGCAUUUAGCUAUUUUGUUUUGCAACUUUAAUGGUGUAAUAUCUCAUGACUAAAGUUCUGUUUCCUGUUUCAUAUCUAAUCUAAAAGACAGGAAAGAAAGGUGAUGCUCAUCUCAUCAGGUUGUGCAACUUCAUUUAACAAGUGAUGGUUUUAGUAAAUAUAUGUUUUCUUGCCUUUCUCUGGUUGAAAAUUAAUUCUUUUUUCUUUCAAAGUCAAGUGUCUUCCUGAAUAA